CAGGGAGAGUAAUCAGAGUGGUUGGCCCACUUUGAGGUUUGCAAUGGGGACUGCAGAGAUAUUUCUGUGCAUUUUUGUUGGAAAUUUCAUUCCUGUUCAUUCAGUAAUACAACAGGAUGCUGCAUUUUCACAAGCUUUUCCAGGAUUUUUUAAAAAUAUCAUGCGCUUUCCAUUUGAAAGAAAUUUUGAUUUCCCUCCAUUUGACACCAUCUUCAGCUCCUGGCGAUCCCGGACCCCUGACUUUCACAUCCUUUCUGAAUUACCUCCAAUCAUGAAGGUUCCCAGAGUACAGGUUUCUUGUGAUGAAUCUCAGCUAACAUUGCUGGUUGAUAAGAGAUUGAACGGUGUCACACUGAACGGAGACGAAAUACAGUUGGGUGACGGCUGCUAUAGCAACGGAGAGCUACCAAACCAAUUUGUCUUCACUUACAGCUUUGAUCAAUGUGGAACUACUCAUUCGAUGCAGAACGGAUUGGAGAUAUUCUCCAACUUUCUCCACUUAAAUCUCCAAAAUCCUCCCUCUACCUGGUGGCCAUCUCCCCUUACAGUGGACGUCUCCUGCAUGACAAAGAGGUCAAAUCCAAACUUCUUUGUCUCAGCUGCACUUCCUGACAAGGGCAGGAGUUUUAACAUAAAGGCCAUGAAUCCAUCAUGGACCAGCACAGCAGAGUCCAAUAUCUAUAAAAGAGGCCAGGUUGUGAAUCUCCAGGUUUCUGCUGAAACCAGAGCUGAUCAGCAGCUUUUCAUCCAGUCCUGCUUCGUCUCUGCAUCUCCAGAGCCUCAGACUAGACCUAGACAUGCAGUCAUACUGAAUAAAGGGUGCACAGCUCCCUUGGGUUCUCCUCAUGCUGUUAUACAGUUUGUGGCUUCCAACAGAGCAGAUAUGGUUAAUGUUGCUCUGAACACUUCGUAUCUGAUUUCUGAGAUGUACAUCCACUGUAGUGUGCUCAUCUCAGGCCAGGGGGUCACCCCUGGCUCCAAAUCCUGCAACUACAACAUGAUCCAGUCAAGAUGGGAGGAGCUAAGUGGAAAUAUAGAGGUGUGCAGCUGCUGUAGCUCAAAGUGUAAAGGCCUGUCUGUCAAGCACCUUCCAGAUGAUGCCAAGGCUAUCAUCAGUACUGGGCCCUUAAUCAUUGUGGACAAAGAAGAUGAGACUAGACCUGCACCUUCAGUCUCUGAACCACAAGAAACAUCCAACAUCCCUGUUACCGACACCAUGCAGUCUGAUGCCGCGGUGCCUGAGGACACAUUUGUUUCUGGUACUUCUGUCUCAAGAAGCAAGUUCUCUGAAUCGCAGUGGUCCUCUCCCCCACAGGGUGUAGUGGUUGUGAGUCAGGACCCUGUUGCCAGGCUGACCGUCUGGCUACCUGGACAGGUGCAGGAUAUCGAACACAGUGACGAUAUUGGCUCUCAAGUGGUAGACAACUCUACAGCUCAGUUGCAACCAAGCAACAUGAUAUCAAAUGACCUUCCUGAGCUGCAGCCUUCAACCACAGAUCAGGAGUCUGUUUUGAAUACACCCACAAAGAAGAUCAGAGAAAGCCUAACUAAACAAGGAAAUGAAAUUCCUGUAUGGGAUCUGAAUCUUAUGACCCUGGUUGAUGGAUGGGUUAUUCCUUCUGAAGCCCCGCCAGCUGAGAUGAAUAUAAAUGACCUAAACCAGAAUGAUUUUAACCAAAUGAGAGACGAGUCAGCCCAAAGGUGGACGGAUGCAGCUAUAAUGCACCAAGACAAAACAAAUGAUGCCCAGCCAAUAAUCCGCUCCAAACUCCAGUUUUCAAAGAGCACAGAUGGAACACAGACACUGAGUUAUGAGGAAGAAGCGGUGAAGCAACAUGAGGGAAAAGGUGCAAUCAGAAGAUUCGGGGUAGAUGGAAUUAAGAGAAAACAGGAGCCCAGACAGAGGGGACUGCUUUCAACUUUCCUGGAUUUGUUGAGGAGGCUGGACAAAGCAGAGUAAUUGCAACAUCAUGGUAACAAACUGAAUAAACCUAUUGAGCAAUAA